CUGGGUGACUGCCCUUCAAACAUUUUAGAGAGAGAGAGAGAGAGAGAGAGAGAGAGAGAGAGAGAGAGAGAGAGAGAGAGAGAGAGAGAUGGUGAAGUUGAGAUCCAAGAGGUUUUGCUUGAGGAUGAUGAGCAUGAAUUCAUCGAAGGAUGGGAGUGGUGGCGGCGGCGGCGGCAGCAUCCACAGGGGAGGAGUCGCGGGAAAAGGGUGCGGAGGAGGCGCCGGAGGGGAGAUCAAAUGGGAACUCCGGCCGGGAGGAAUGCUUGUGCAGAGGAGAGAGUGUGGAGCUGGGAACAGUGGAGAAGGGAUGAUCACCGUUCGGGUUUCUACUGUCUCACGGUGGCAUGAUAUUUCCAUUCAACCCACUUCAACUUUUGGAGAAUUAAAGAUGGUAUUAGCAUUGGUCACUGCAUUGGAGCCAAGAGAGCAGAGGCUACUGUUCAAAGGGAAGGAGAGGGAGGAUGGCGAGUACUUGCACAUGGUAGGGGUUGGGGACAGGGACAAAGUCCUCUUGUUGGAGGAUCCUGCCUUCAAGGAGAGAAAGCUCCGCAGCCUAGCCGCGGCCGCAGCCGCCACCGGAAACUGCCAAGCCAUUCGGACCACCUCCUGCCCCGCCAUCACCAUUUAACAUUAAUUAAUUACGAUUAAUUAAUUAAUUAAGCAUGCCUUAUGUACUCCACUGACCAUUAGCUUAAGAAAGCCUUCCAAAAUCAGUAUAUAUCGUGAUUGAUGCCUAAUUUUCUUUUCGAUUAGGUUUCAAUCUCGUUGAGUUUUUGUAUUAUAUUUCUAUAAGUUUCUUGUUGUUUUGAUGGAACGAGAGGCACUAACUACAACAUGACUUACUACUUUGAAACUUCGAGCUUAGCAAUUGCGACCUCAUGGGUGUGACUUAAAUAUAUGUUUAGUACUACGAGAAUCGAAUUUGGGAUGUUGGAGUUCACCAUUUGCUCUAAAGCUCAGCUUUUUAAGAGGGAUUUUCUAUAAGGGUUUUUUAAUUGUAAAAGCCUAGUCAAAUGUACUGUAAGCUUAGCUGACUUAUGUGUUUGUUUAGUUUUGUUCAUAAUGAAAAGGCUGAUUCUAAAGA